AUGGCAAUCUUUUAUUCACACGAAUGCCAGCCAUCGGGACAUCAAUUAUCUCAUCAGACAAUCGCUAAGUUAUGGCACCUAAUGGUCGGACAGGGACUCAGAGCACGGAUGUCAGCAGUUGUUCAGUUGUGGUCAAAGACAACAACAGCUAAUCUAUGGCUAAUGACUCACAAGAAGAUUGUAUGUGUGAUCACCGUUGGAACCAAUGGACAAGACUUUUGUUUCGCUCGUUUUUAUGAUCACAAUCUAAAGACUAUUCACUUUAAAGUGGAUCUCAAUCAGGACUUUGUCUUUGAGACCAGGAGUUCAGUGUUUUAUGUCUUAAGCGGAUCCGACGGUCAGAGCAUUGUAAUGGAGAAAAGACUCAAACAAUUUGAACAGUUGUCUGAAUGCAAGCCAUCGCCAGACUUGCCAUCAAAUACUGGACUCAAGACAAUUGAGUCCAAAGAGAAACACGCCAUGGCUUCGGAUAAAACAUCACUCAAUACUUCCAAACCAUUGAAUACUAAUCUGAAGACACAUUUGCAUGAAUACCGAUCCCUUGCAUAUCGGGGUUUUCAUCGGAUAUCGGAACCGCUCCGUAGGCCUACAACUCUGCCAAAGACAUCAUUAAAACCCAAGACUAGGUCUUCAAUACUAACCAAUGGAUCAGUCAUUGACUUACAAUUGGAUCCAAUUCUUGACACAAAGAUUGAGAAAUGUUUCACUCAAUUAUCAAAAAGCCUUCAAUUAAUGGAUUCAUCACUCAAUCAACUGAUACUCGAUGUCCGCCACAAAAAGCACACAAAUCAAGAGGAUCAACCAAUUGAUAUAUCCCUGUCAUCGGUGGUUGAAUCGGACAAAACUGUAGACACACCUGCGAUGGGCGACGAUAACCAAUCGAUCACUGGAUCCGAUUCAGACAGAGACACAAAAAGUAGUUAUCGGACGUAUAGAAGAAAGAAACGCUUCCGACGAGGAGUUCCCUUACCGGAAUCGGUGCGCGAAGUGUCCGAGAAAUUGGCCUUAAAUACUACGCUUAAUGGACAUGAGUUGGCCACCGAUGACCACUCGGAUCUAAUUUGUGAUACCGAAGAGGAGGACAGCGAAGCUAUUGUCACUAAAAACAACGACAAUCAAUGCGACGGCGGAAUCGAUGACUACGACAAAGGAUAUGAUAUUAAAGUCGGCUACGGCUUAACCUUUUGGCGUCGCUGGUCAAGUGGUGCCCACAAUUACGGCCAACAGAUGCCUCAACGCCGGGUAAUACCCGUGGAUUCGGAAACAUAUAACCGGUUUCGGGAAGUGAUGGGCGACCGGGCGUUGACAUCGAAGUUUGAGUCCACACUCGUGUUGAUUAGAAAUGAUUCUUCGAGUUUAGAAUUGGAUGUAAAAUCAGAUUAUAUCGACAUUACGCCUAAUGAGAUGGCAGAGAUCCCCGUAAUAUCGGUGGAGUCGUGGCUUUAUAAGCAGAUUCGGGAUUUGGUAGCCAUAUAUGGAUAUAUCAUGAGCGAUCAUGAGGUGAUCAUCACAACCGGUUCAAAACAAUCGGGUCUGGCCGAAUCGGGAAAAAUUGUGGACACGCCUGUGAUUGUCGGCGAUAUGCAAGCGAUGACUGGAUCCGAUUCAGACAAAGAUACAAAAGAUAGUUAUCUAUCGCAUAGGAGAAGGAGACGUCAGUUCCGACGCGGAGUUCCCUUACCGGAAUCGGUGGGCGAAGUGUCGAAGUCGUCGAAACAAUCGGGCCGUAAGUUUUGCGGGUGUUUCCCGUGA